GGAAGACGGUCGAUCCGCAUGGAUGGAAAUGGACCUAUGACAAUUAUGGAUGAGAGCCCCACAUCCAGUCCGAACUCCAGCCCGAGCCCUGACAUGUCUUCCGACAGGAGACGCGCAGAGGCCCUGUCGCGAUCCAGGGUGGUCUCGGGCAGUGGUCUCGGUAGCAGAGGGCGUCCGGCUGCAGCAAACGCCGCGCGGGAAAGGAGUCGUGUGCAGACUCUGAGACACGCGUUCCUGGAACUACAGCGAACACUACCAUCCGUGCCACCAGACACUAAGCUCUCAAAACUCGACGUCUUGAUAUUAGCCACCACGUAUAUAGCUCAUUUGACUAGAACCUUACAAGAAGAGGGGAUGGAGGAGGGCGACAGCACAAAACAAACCGAAGCAUUAAAUUCACUUAAAGGCGACGGUUACCUACAUCCUGUGAAAAAAUGGCCCAUGCGCUCAAGGUUGUACAUCGGUGCCACUGGCCAGUUCCUGGGUAGCUCUGGUCAGAAUGAGAAUCAAGGAGCAUCUUCAUCAUCUCAGACAUGAAACAUUUGCACAGAAGACUUUCUUGAGGCAAUGAUUAAAAUGAAGGCUUAUAACGCAUCAUUACAGGUCGUUUGCAGAGCCAUACAUAAGGGACCACUUGUGAACGCUCCUGAUGUGGUUAAAAUUUGCUAAGUGUUUUACUCUGUGAACGAAUGAAAAAUGUCUUUUUAUUU